GUGUUAUGUAUGAUUUUGCUGCUGAGCCUGGAAACAAUGAGCUGACCGUCAGUGAAGGGGAGAUCAUUGUGAUUACCAACCCGAAUGUUGGUGGAGGCUGGUUAGAAGGAAAAAACAGCCAAGGUGAGAGAGGACUUGUUCCAACGGAUUAUGUUGAGAUUAUAACUGAAGGUGCAAAAGAUGGAAUUAGCUGCGGUAACUCAUUAGCUGACCAAGCCUUUUUUGAUUCCCUUUCUUCAAAUACAGCUCAGACCAACUCUGCUGCAACAAGCAGUAAUCAGGCAAACAACGCCAGUGAUCCUUGGUCCAGCUGGCAUGUUGGGAAAUCUGGGAACUGGGAUAAUGGAAAUGCUGUUGACAACUGGACGACAAAACCUGAAAGUGCUUCUGGCCAGAGAAACAGUGCUUCAAAUAACUGGGACACAGCAGCAGCAUUUGGUCAUCCACAGGCAUAUCAAGGACCAGCAGCUGCUGAUGACGAUGACUGGGACGAUGACUGGGAUGACCCAAAAUCAACUUCACCGUCUUACCUUGGUUACAAGGAGACUGAGGCAUCAGAGGCUGGCGGGGUCCAGCGUGGAAAUUCUCGUGCAGCUGCUAUGAAGUUACCACUUAACAAGUUUCCUGGAUUUGCAAAACCUGGGAUGGAACAGUAUCUGUUGGCAAAGCAGCUAGCAAAACCAAAAGAGAAAAUUCCUAUAAUUAUUGGUGAUUAUGGCCCAAUGUGGGUUUAUCCUACCUCUACAUUUGACUGUGUGGUGGCAGAUCCAAAAAAAGGUUCUAAAAUGUAUGGUCUCAAGAGCUACAUUGAAUAUCAGCUGACCUGCACUAACACUAAUCGGUCUGUCAACCACAGAUACAAGCACUUUGACUGGUUGUAUGAACGUCUCCUGGUUAAAUUUGGAUUAGCCAUUCCAAUCCCAUCUCUUCCAGACAAGCAAGUAACAGGGCGCUUCGAAGAAGAAUUUAUCAAAAUGCGGAUGGAGAGACUGCAAGCCUGGAUGACGAGGAUGUGUCGCCACCCUGUUGUCUCUGAAAGUGAAGUUUUCCAGCAAUUUCUCAAUUUCCGAGAUGAAAAGGAGUGGAAAACCGGAAAGCGGAAGGCAGAAAAAGACGAAACUGUAGGAGUCCUGAUCUUUUCUACAAUGGAACCAGAAGCUCCUGACUUGGAUAUGGUAGAAAUAGAACAAAAAUGUGAUGCAGUGGGUAGGUUCACCAAAGCAAUGGAUGAUGGAGUUAAAGAGCUGCUGACAGUAGGACAAGAGCACUGGAAGAGGUGUACAGGGCCACUACCUAAGGAAUACCAGAAGAUAGGAAAAGCAUUGCAGAGCUUGGCACUGGUCUUCAGCACUAGUGGAUACCAAGGAGAAUCUGAUCUCAAUGGAGCAAUAACAGAAGCAGGAAAAACCUAUGAAGAAAUUGCCAGUCUUGUGGCAGAUCAGCCAAAGAAAGAUCUUCACUUUUUGAUGGAAACAAACCAUGAAUAUAAGGGAUUUCUUGGUUGCUUCCCUGACAUCAUAGGAGCUCAUAAGGGAGCAAUAGAAAGAGUGAAGGAAAGUGAUAAAUUAGUUGCAACCAGUAAAAUAACGCCACAAGACAAACAGAACAUGGUGAAACGUGUGAGCACCAUGGCUUAUGCACUACAAGCCGAGAUGAAUCACUUCCACAGUAACCGGAUUUAUGACUACAACAGCGUCAUUCGUCUGUAUCUGGAGCAGCAGGCACAGUUCUAUGAAACGAUUGCACAGAAGCUGAGGCAGGCACUCAGCCGCUUUCCUGUCAUGUAGAGAACUGGGAGAAGUCAACAACACAGAACAACUCCGAAGUGCUUUUCUGAUUUGGCAGCAAUGCUAAUAAAAAUUUGUUAGCCUUUGCCAGCCAAAAAA